UAUUGACAAAUACCAGUUCUGCGGUGAGUUUCUGUCUGUUUCUCGAGUGUGUGUGUGUGUGUUGUCCCCCUUUAUAGCGCCGAUGUGCCAAGUUGGAUCGAGCACAAAGAGAGGAGUUCUCGUCUCAAUGUGGGACAGCAGAAAGUGGCAUCAGAGGGAAAGAGGACUAAAGUGUUGAUUCGGGCUCCGCUGCCAAAGGCCUGGUUUGCGUGCCGUUCCGGGGUUUGAUGCCGCAGGACAAAGGAACGCUCUCCUCCAAUCAGACGGGCCGCUCUGCUGUUCUCAUUAAGAGUGGGAGGAGUCUUGCAGUUUUGGAGUGAUGGUGAUUCUGCUGUAAUAUUCACUGAUGAUCUGAUCAGAACUUCAGCGGACUGACCCGGACCCGAUCCCGAUCCCGCAGGAGUCUGAAGACAUGGGGACGUGGACACACACACUCCACCAGGAGGCGGACAGUGACGAGUCUCUCCUGAAGCGUGAGGAACGGAUGGCGUCUGUGAAGAUGAAGGAGACUGGCUGCACACACUCAGACUGCCUCUGUGAGCGCUUUCUGCCGGGACGACAUCAUAUCCGGUCAUGUGAUCGCUGUGAUCACGGCUGGGUCGCCCACGUGGUUGGGAUGGUGUGUCCAGCGCUGGUGUGUUCGGGGCAGGUGGAGAUCGUUCAGAGUGACGGUGUGUUUGACAUCGCGAGUCUGAUUCUGUUCGGGACGCAGGCGCUCCCGGUGCGUAUGAAGAUCCUGCUGGACCGGCUGUUCAGCGUCCUCACACACACACAGGUGCUCAACAUCAUACACACUCUGGGCUGGACGCUGCGAGACUAUGUGAGAGGAUACAUGCUGCAGGACUGCAUGGGGAAGGUUCUGGACCGCUGGGUCUCCAUGAGCUCGGAGGACGAGGUCGCGACCCUGCGGCAGUUCCUGCGUUUCGGGGAAACCAAACCCAUCGUGGAGCUCAUGUUUGAGGAGGUCCGUCCGGGAGCAGAUCCCAGUCCCUCCGAGGAACGAGAACACUCCCAGAACCCAGCGUUCCCUCUGCCGCUUCCCUUCAUCAGCGCGCCGCUCUUCCCAGCGGAUUCUCAUCCGGUCCCGCAAACACUGAGCAAGCAGAGCGUGUGCGAGACGAGCAACACGGAGAUAAACACGCGGAAACACGCCGAGCCGCGUCUCCAUGAUCCCUCGGGAACGCGCGAGCGCCGGCACGGAUCGUCCGCGGGGAAAGGCCGCGUGAGCUGCGACGAGUGCGCUAAGACGUUCUACGAUAAAGGAACGCUGAAGAUCCACUUCAACGCGGUGCAUCUGAAGAUCAAACACCGCUGUACGAUCUCCGGCUGCAACAUGAUGUUCAGCUCGCUGCGCAGCCGCAACCGGCACAGCGCUAACCCCAACCCGCGCCUGCACGCCGCGCUAGAGCAUGUGGCCCGCAGAUUUAGACCUGUUUCCAUGGCAACCACCAACACGCGAAUGCACGCCGCGCUCGAUCACGUGACCUGCGGACCCCCGCCUGUUUCCAUGGCAACCAGCAUCACGCGAAUGCACGCCGCGCUCGAUCACAUUACCCGCAGACGCAUGCCUGUUUCCAUGGCAACCACCAACACGCGACUACACGCCACACUCGAUAACGUGACCCGCGGAUGCACACCCGUUUCCAUGGCAACCACUAUCACGGUCUCGACCGACCAUCGUCCAGGCGUCUGUGAGGCUCACAACAUCUCAGGAGGAGGUGGAGCUACAGGCAACCGUGCAGCCAAUCAGAAUGGCCGCAGUGAUUUGAUUGACAUGGCGCCUCAAAAGAAGUCGCGGAAGUCCAGCACGCCGCUGAAGUUCAAGCCGGCGGUUUGCAUCGAGAAUGAUGAUGAUCACGUCACAAUAUCACCACGGCGACUAGUCAACAGUCUCCAUGGCAACAAGCAUCACACGUUCAACACCCGUAACUACAAACGGCUUCCCAAGACACUGUGUGGUUACCAUAGCAACGUAGAAGAGGGAAACAAUGAGAUGACGAGAGAGUUUCCAAGAGUCGAUGACGAACGGAAAGAGAUAUAUCGACAUCUGCUAAAGGUCAAAGAGGAGAUGUGUGACCCCACCUGUGACUGUAGAGGUCAUCGCCAUAGCAACCUGUGACACUGUAGAAGUCAUCGCCAUAGCAACCUGUGACACUGUAGAGGUCAUCACCAUAGCAACCUUUGAGUGUAGAGGUCAUCGACAUAGCAACCUGUGACUGUAGAGGUCAUCGCCAUAGCAACAUGUGACUGUAGAGUUCAUCACCAUAGCAACAUGUGACUGUAGAGUUCAUCACCAUAGCAACAUGUGACUGUAGAGGUCAUCGACAUUGCAACCUGUGACUGUAGAGGUCAUCACCAUAGCAACCUGUGACUGACAGCUCGAGAUCAGAACUGACUCUGUGUUCCUGGUUUUAUUGUGAGCGAUUCAUCAAAGCAGGUUUUUCAUAAAAAAUGACAUGCAUUUGUGAACUUGAAACAAAAUAUAAUAACUUGUAAUGCUGUUGGCUCAAAAUCUUGUAUGACAUUUAAUGCUGGUUAAUGUAAAGUAUUAAAGGUUACGGAGAUAAGGUUAUAUUA